AUGAGUGCUGUUAUAGAAGCUCUUUAUAUCUACGAUGAAACCAACACGCCGAUUCUCGAACAUGUCUACCGCUCGCGGCCACCCCCCGCGACGGCAAUACUCUCUCUCUUUCUCGCACAUCCAGCUCCUCGGCCGUCUUUAAUAUACCUUCCUGACGCAUCUCCGCCUGUCUCCGUUUUCUCUGUUUCACAUACAAACCUCCUCUUCCUCGUACCAUGCAGCUCCGAGGCGGAACCACUCCUGGUCCUCGAAUAUAUCCAUCGGGUCAUAGAUGUUCUAGAAGAAUUCGUGGGCGCACCCUUGCUAGGAAGUAAGAUACAGAAUAGUUACGAUGUGGUUGGCCAACUGCUGAAUGAGAUGUGCGAUGCUGGCAUCGUGUGUAAUACGGAACCGAACGCGCUACAGGAGGUGGUCGAUGUUCCUGGGUGGAUGGGCAAGCUCUUGAGCGGGGUGGGAUUACCGGGCUUCCCUGGUGCUCCAUCGUCAAGGACCGGAGGCGGCGGAGGGGGAAUGGGCGGUAAUGGAGGAAUCGGGGGCUCGACAGGCCGUGGAUCAGGAUCCUCAACUCCGUCUUUCCUAAAUGUCGGAAACAUUGGCGGGGGCUCGUCAUCUCCAAGCCUAGAUGACGUGGUGGUGACAAUUCCUAUUCCAUCAUCCGUGCGCAAUAUUACAGAUAUCCAAGCAAGUCGUGGCGAAGCGAAUUUUAUGCCUGGAAAUGACUCUCUAGAAUGGCGUGUACCAACUAAAGAAAAAGAUGGAUCUAUCUCUGGCACAGCAACGCUGAAAGCGACUGUACAGGGGCCGCUUCAUGAUCUUGAUAAUGACGAUAUUGACGAAGAUAACCCCGGAGAUGAUCACGCUCGCCGCGCUGCAUCAAACCCACUCCGCGGAUAUUAUGAUGAGACGCUAGCACCAGCCGCAAGCUAUCAGGAUUCAGGGGUAUCAACAGAUGAUACGUCCAAACAGGAGAGAACGGAAGGGAUGUCAGCCGCCGCAAAACAAACGCGUAAAAAGCAAGCGAAUUCGCUGCUAAUGCCAUCAUCUGCUUCUGUAUCGUUUUCUACCCUCGGAAAAGCCGGGGCUUAG